UUGUGGGCGGAUAAUCGAGAAUUCGAGGUGGACUAAAUAUGUACUUAAAAUAAAUGGUAUAAAAGCAAAUCUUCUCUCCAACAUCCUAGCUUUCAAUACAACUUCCAUCUGGUCGAGGACUCAUCGCUUCGUUGAGAUAAGGCGGAAUGUACGUGUGUUCUGUUCGUACAGGAACACCACUUGGGAAGUUCGAGGCGCCGAUGUCAAUACCGCUUUGCAAGAAGAUUAAGCCGAUAAAGUUGCCGCUUCCGUCCAAAGUGCUUCAACAUUAUCCAAACUCUAAAGAGGAAACAUUCAUGGUUGGCUUCCAGAAACCUUCAUGUUGUUGUUGCUUUAAUCGAAAGCAGAAACCGCAGUUCAUGCGAACAAUCUUCGUUUCUACUGUAAAUGACAAGUUGCUGUUGAUCUACGAUAAGGAAAAGAAUAAAGGAAAGAAGAAGAAGAAGAGCGGUGCUUCGACAAAAAGAGAAGGUUAUAGCUUUCUGUUAAGCUCUGCUACAAGUUUGAAGAUAAAGAAAAAUGCACUCAUCUCUAAAGUGUCUAAAUAUACAAAUCAGGAUGAACAUCAUUGUAUUCUGGAAAUUAGCUUCAAAUUUGGUACACUGCGUUCCAAAAGUAUAUGCACCCCUAGUUUUUUGGUUUUUUAUACAUUUUUCUUUGUUAUUUUGAUUAGAUUUUUUGUCUAUUUAUUCUUCUAG